AUGACAACUACCAAAGACCUUGCCGUCGUGGUCUGCCACGGCUCGUACCACACGCCGGCCCCUAUGGGCCAUUUACCAACCUGCGAUCUUAACAAUUUAAACGUGGGUGACAUUAAUGAUCCUGACUUCAACCGAGAGCCUCCCACUGGCGGGUACCCAAGUGACACAGAGGACGUGAGCACGGUCAUGCAGAUUCUCCACAUGCUUGUUAAUGAUGGCAAGUUGGUCCUCUUGGUCGGACAUUCCUCAGGUGGCUGGGUGGCCACCCAGGUGGCCGUGCCAGAGCUCCAUGCCAAAGUUCGUCAGUUAGAGGGUAAACCCGGGGGGAUCAUUGGUCUGUUCUACUUCGGAGCGUUUAUUAUCCCUGUGGGUGAAUCCGUUCAUAGUUUCUUCCAGCCAAAGGAUGGGAAUAUCAUUACUCCACCGUUUAUGCGAUUCCAUAAAUUUGGCGUAGACGGCCUAGGGACAAUUGUCGAUGCACCUCGGUUUAUGUUCAACGACCUUGACGCAGAUACUGCGUCGAAAUGGGCAUCUACAUUAACAGCCUCACCUAUCAUGACCACUAAACUAACCAACGACCCGUAUUCAGCCCUACCUUGCGCGUAUGUGGUGCUGGAAAACGACCUGACAUUGCCCAAGGCGUAUCAAGAAGGGAUGGUCUCGUUGCAGAGUCAGAGCAGUAAACCAUUUACUGUUUAUUAUGCGCCGGCAGGUCACUCACCUCAUCUCAGCUGGACAUCUGGACUGGUCGAGAAGGUGAGGGAAUUUGCUGGAAAAGUACAGGGAUGA